GGCAGCAGCGGUGACGCGGAGGAGUGGUCUGCUGCUGGUGGCUGUGCUAUGGCGGUUCGGGGUUAGUUAACCGCGGAAGUGUGGAACUACGAUUUUACCGUCGGGGUUCACCUUUAUGUAUAAACAGUCGGACUGCUCGGUGAGAGCUGCACCUUGUCACAGGUCUGCUAGUGUCCGUUUUGGGGUUUUUUAGUGCUAAAGAAGCAGAAUCGCUGUGAACUCACCGGUUUUUCUCCAUCUAAACGGAUUCAGGUGGGCGCGCCCGAGACAGACACAGGAGGGAUGCAAACAGAGACUACUUGUCGCUUUCCUCUGGUGUGGACCUCCAUCGUGUGAGCGCGUUCAGUUUACAGCAAAAAUGUGUUUGGAGAUCGAAUUUGACACUAAACGAGGUGCUCAGGUGCAUAUGGACUGAUGUGAUUUUGCGUCCAUGCUGCAUAGUGCAUCUGUAUAGACAGGUUUGUUUGUUGGUUGGUGAAUUAAAUCAGUUUAUUGUACAAAAAUAACAAUAAUGUCGAGCGUACCGAAUAGCGUUCCCAGCACAAUGUAAUGUGUUGAUUUAAAACCCAUCAGCACCAGAAAGUGACACUGACGAUGCAGGUUUGUUUUAUAAAAAAUAUAUUUUUCCUUGCAACCGCUGUGGCUCUGGCAGACAGGGACGAUGUGCACAGCAAGGCAUCCAGCGCCAUGCGGUCUGCGAGGCGACAAGCCACAGGUCCAGCUCAGUGGACUCCCUCACUGGAUGUCAGGAUGCCUUUAUUACUGAACAGAGGUAAUGCUACACAUUUCAGUCGAAGAUGCAAAACUAAAAAGUCUGGAUGUUACCUUCUGUCACACAGGAUGGACAGGACCACCCAUGGUGACAGGGUGGUCCACAGUCAGUACGAGAUAUGGAGAAAGUUCUCUGAACACGAGAGAAACCACAGACACAGAAGAGGCGCAAAGGAGCGCCACAAGAAACUGGCAUGGGAAGUAAAGAAGAGAGUAACUGGAGGUAAUAAGAUGUCAGCAAAUGCCCUUACUUCACCUUUAACGUGGUGGGAACCGAUGCCCAAGCCUUUGGCGCUCGCCUCCACCGAUUUCCCUUUCGAUAUAUCCAAACACCUGGACUUUGACACUCGGAGCAGGGCCCCAGAUAACCCGUGGGACGCAACGCCUAUGACCCCACCUUACCCUGAAGAUGAGGAAAACGAAUAUUUCCCUAACCCCUUCUACCCGGUCACGAGCGAGACGUACACAGCCUACGCCAUCACGUGUUUCUCUGCACUCAUUUUCGUGAUAGGGAUCAUUGGAAAUGUUGCAGUCAUGUGCAUUGUGUGCCAUAACUAUUACAUGAGGAGCAUCUCCAACGCCCUUUUAGCUAACCUGGCUGUUUGGGAUCUGGCCGUGUUGUUGCUGUGCAUGCCCCUUGUGGUGUUCCACGAGCUGACUAAAACCUAUCUACUGGGCCACUUCACCUGUAAAGUUAUCCCCUACAUUGAGGUAGCCUCACUUGGUGUGACCACCUUCACCAUUUGUGCCCUGUGCAUCGAUCGAUUCCGUGCCGCCACCAAUGUGCAAAUGUAUUAUGAGACAAUUGAGACUUGCGCAUCUGCUGCUGCUAAGCUUGCUGUGAUCUGGGUCGGUGCAUUACUUUUGGCGUUGCCCGAACUCCUGAUCCGGCAGCUGCUGAAGGAUUCAGACACAGAGGAAACAGAGCGGUGUCUGGAACGCAUCUCCAUAUCACUGCCUGAGACUCUUUAUGCACUGGGCCUGGCGUAUGAGAGUGCUAGGCUUUGGUGGUGCUUUGGGUGCUAUUUCUGCCUGCCCGCUCUGUUUACCAUCGGCAGCUCAUUAGCAACAGCACGCCGCAUGCGCCGGGCCGAACGUGGAUGCCCACGUGCCAACAAGAAGCAGAUGCGCCUGGAGAGCCGCAUGAACUGUGUUGUGGUGGCACUGGCUGUGGUCUACGCUGCCUGUGCAGUGCCCGACAAUGUCGCAAACAUGGUGGCAGCCUACAUAGGGCACCUGGACAUGGUGGGUGUACUGCGCACACUUGGUCAGCUCUUACUCUUUCUGCGCACUGCGAUAACACCCGUGUUGCUGCUUUGCCUAUGCCCACCGUUUGGUCAUGCUUUCAUAGAGUGCUGUUGCUGUUGCACAACUAUGUGUGGUGCGGCGGCCUCCUCAGCAGUGGGCAGUGACGAUAACGAGCAUGAAUGUACCACCGAGCUGGAGCUGUCUCCAUUUAGCACCAUCCGUAGGGAGAUGUCCAACUACACUGCGACAGGGUCCCACUCCUGAGCCACCGGUGCCAGUGUACAGUAUGUGUCAGUGCCAACAAUACUACACAGUGUACUGCAGAAACACAUACGUUCUCACUUCUGUAAAUACUCUGACCACUGUCUUUUUUUGUAUUAUUAUUUGUAUUAGUAUAUGUUUUUAAAAACUAGUGACUCUUUACAUAUUUUUUGCACUGCCAACUGCUUUAGCUUUGUUUAUAUGUCUCUGCAUCUUACUGCUAGUAAUAUUCCUAUGAUAUCUGUAUAUGGCAAUAUGUUCCAUGCCUUGACCUUUCUUUUAAUGAAGGUGAUUGUGUAAAUCUGUCUUGAAUUGCGUGAAGCAGUACACUUGGAACACCUGAAGAAAAUCCCUAGUGUGUGUGUGUGUGUAUGAUAGCAGAAAAGAAAAGUAGAUAUCAACACUAUGCUCGGUGUGCUUAAUGGUUUCUAAGUCCAUUUUUAUAUAACCAAAAAUUCUCUUUAAUAAACUCAAGUGUUUGCUGGGAAGUGGCAUAUCGUUUGAAAUUCUUUGCUGGAAAUUGGUAUAUUAAAAUGCAAACAUGGCCUCUUUUUUUUCAUUCAGUACAUUGCUUGUCAGCAAAAUAG